AGCAGGGAUGGUCAGAGGUCAGGCCGCAGCCGUCGUGCUGGGCAAUGGGAGGAAGGGGCUCUGCCUCCUGCAGCGGGAGCCAGGCGCCGACCUCCUCCCCUCAGGCGCCUCACGUUACGCCGCCGUACGAUCCCCGCUCUCCCGCCGCUGUUGCCUAGGAGACUGGAAGCGGGCGGGCUUCCUCGCGCCGAGAGCUGGCGGGCUCGACCGAAACGGCGGCACGAGCGCGGCGGCGGCGGCGGCGGCGGCGGCCCGCGGCUCCUCUUGUUGCACCGACAAUGCGUGUUCGUUUGGGGUGGGGACUCGUUUCCUCAGCUUGAACGUGGGCCGUUGUCGGGCCGUCGAAAAGCUGGAUGUAAAUAUUGGUGCAUCACCUCUACAAUUUGAAAAUAGGAAGGGUGUUUUUUCUCUGUCUGGAAGUAGGAGGCUUUAUUUUGAUACCCAUGCCUUUGUAUGCCUCCUGGAGGAAAAUGGGUUCACUACUCAACAAUCUGAGGUUGUCGUGUCUGCUUUAAUGAACAUCAUGAAAAGCAACAUGGAUGUUAUAUAUAAAGACAUGGUCACAAAAAUACAACAGGAAAUUGCUCUUCAGCAGAUAAUGUCUCGUAUUGGUGUUGUGAAAAAAGAUAUGAUUAUUUUGGAGAAGAGUGAAUUUUCAGCACUCCGAGCAGAAAAUGAGAAAUUAAACCUAGAACUCCGGCAGCUAAAAAAGCAAGUAAUGGAUGAAACUUCCAAAGUUCGUACAGACAGCAAGCUAGAUUUCAAUCUAGAAAAGAGCAGAGUAAAAGAAUUGUACUCACUUAAUGAGAGAAAACUGUUGAAAAUGAAAACAGAAGUAGUGGAACUGCAUGCACAACAAGAUCGAGCUUUAACACAGACAGACAGGAAAAUUGACACUGAAGUUGCAGGUAUGAAAACAAUGCUUGAAUCGCACAAACUUGACAACAUUAAAUAUUUAGCAGGUUCAGUAUUUACAUGCCUUACGGUUGCACUGGGGUUUUACCGUUUAUGGAUAUAACAAAGCAUCUAUUUUAAAAAAGACUUGUACUGUCGUGCCUUAAGAAUGCAUUGUCACCUAGCUGAAAUAAUGUAGUAUUUAAUUCAAACAGUCACUGCCACGUUAUUUAUUAGUUAAACUGCAGAAUGUAACCUGAAAACGAAUGUAAGUUUCAAAAUAUUGAUAGAAACUUGACUUGAGUCACAGGCAACUAUAAUUUGCACAGUCCUGUCCGUACAAGUAAACCAUUGCUUAUCUCUGGGCUAUCGCAACACUAAAAUGCAAGAUUAUAUGAUAUUUACCAUAUAUACCAAAUAAACUAGAGGAGAAUCUGUGAUGUUAUAUGCCAAGUUCUAAGAGCAGAAUUCGGCACUAACUGAGAGGGGAAGAAGAAAAGCUUUAAUCGCCCUUAAUACUGAGCAGAAUCCAGAGAAGACAUUACACAAAUUCAAAUACCAUUCAUGGAGCUCUACAGAAUCUCUCCAUUGCACAAGUGCUUGCGCAUUACACUUAUGCAGCUGGUUGUGCAAAUGUAACUUUAGUUGAAUGCUCCUCUUACACAUAGUUCGGAACCUAGUUCCCGCUAGCACAAAGUUAUUAAUGGUAGUAGAAUGGCACAAUUGGAUACUGCCCAUUGCUUCUUCAGAAUUGGAAAUUAUUGUGUUAAAUCAUGACUUAUAUAUUUCCUUUGUGUUGAUAAAAUAUACCAUAAAGA